AGAACAAACGCUGUAUUCAUCUGCUCCAGCUUGCAGUUACAGAAACUCCCCGUAGGAACUCCUGGGUACUUUUCUCCACCGUUUGAGCUGCUGAACACAAUGCCAUUCAUGCCACGGGGCGAAAACAGGCGAAGCGCCUGCUCCGUUAACCCAACAAUGUGGAGAACAUGCAGUAUUUUUUGCGCAUGGAGUCUACUGUUCUUGACAGAGGUCUGUGCGCAGUCUCAGCGGAGACCAGUCUUCACAUGCGGAGGAAACAUUACAGGGGAAUCUGGAGUAAUCGGAAGCCAGGGGUAUCCAGGAGUUUACCCUCCAAAUACCAAAUGUGUGUGGAGAAUCACAGUCCCUGAGGGAAAGGUGGUGGUCCUGUCAUUCCGCUUUAUUGACUUGGAGAGCGACAACCUGUGCCGCUAUGACUAUGUGGAUGUUUACAGUGGUCAUGUCAGUGGGCAGAGACUUGGUCGCUUCUGUGGGACAUUCAAGCCAGGAGCCCUGGUUUCCACGGGCAACAAGAUGCUCAUGCAGAUGAUAUCUGAUGCCAACACCGCUGGGAGUGGCUUCCUGGCUGUUUUCUCUGCUGCCCACCCACAUGAGAGAGGGGACCAGUAUUGUGGAGGUAGACUGGACAAGCCCUCAGGGACUUUCAAAACACCAAACUGGCCUGAGAAGGACUACCCAGCUGGUGUCACCUGCUCCUGGCACAUAGUGGCACCAAAGAACCAGAUUAUCGAAGUCAAGUUUGAGAAGUUUGAUGUGGAAAGAGAUAACUACUGCCGCUAUGACCACGUCUCCAUUUUCAACGGGGCAGAAAUCAACGAUGCCAAGAGGAUUGGCAAAUACUGUGGAGACAGCCCCCCCGAGCCAGUGUUCUCAGAGGGGAACCAGCUCCUAAUCCAGUUCCUGUCAGAUCUCAGUCUGACCGCAGACGGUUUCAUUGGACACUACAAAUUCAGACCAAAGAAAUUCCCCACCACCACGAUACCACCCACCACUACCACACAGCCAGUCACCACCAGGCCAAUACCUCUGAAGUACUCUGUAGCCCUGUGCCAGCAGAAAUGCAAAAGACGAGGAACACUUGAGAGCAAUUACUGCUCCAGCAAUUUUGUGAUAAGCGGGACUGUCAUUACUGCGGUGAUGAGAGGAGGAAGUAUGUAUGCAACAGUCUCCAUCAUCAACGUGUAUAAAGAAGGCAGUCUGGCCAUCCAGCAGGCAGGGAAGACCAUGAGCACCAAGAUCAUAAUCCUGUGCAAGAAGUGUCCAUUUAUCAGAAGAGGCUUGAACUACAUCUUCAUGGGCCAGGUGGACGAGGACGGCCGGGGCAAAAUCGCCCCUCACCACUUUGUUAUGGCAUUUAAGACAAAGAACCAGAAAGGACUCAAUGUUCUGAAAAACAAGCGGUGCUGAGUUCCAGUAGCUCUGAGGAGCUCCACUGGACAGGUGUGCCUGAGGCUCAGCUGUGGAUGGAAACAAUUAAGCAAAAAACAAUCUCCAUCACAACAACACAAACACAGGCCACAAAAACAAAACUGAAUCUAGAUGCAGAGAUGCCAGCACAAAACAUAAAAUCUACAUGAUUCAUUCAAUUCAACUAAGACAAGAAGCCAUUAAGUACUUCCACUCUGUCUUCAAUUAAAACACAAGUCCUUUAGUCUGUUUGGCAACCUCAGAGCAACAAAAUUUGUUUAAAUUUCCAUCCCUAUUCUCACUCUGCCUAGUCACGUUCCUGUCAUGCCCCAUGCCCCUGGGAAUUAAAUUGUGGCCAGUAACAGGAGCCCAGAAUAAGGAGCAUAGCAAUUCACAGAGACGUGUUUCCUAAGACAAACAUUAAUCAGAUUGUUUAAAGUGUUCAGUGUGCACAUCUGUUCUGACAUCCUAUGAUUGCCCUAUUAGUUUCAAUAUUUCCAUAUUCUACUUUUCAGUUGUUUCCCUUUGAGGCUGUGGAGCGCAAUGUGAAUUGUUUUAUUUAGUAUGCAUUAAACAAAUAUCUGUCCAGCAGAAUACAAGUCUGAUUAAUAUCCAUAGGGGAUCUGUCACAGCUGAUUGCCGUCAUUUUAAUAACGUUGGCAACAACCUGCUGUUCAUUUUCUGUAUUCAAUUUCACUGGGCAGGAUUUGGAAGUUUAAGUGGUGAUAAAAAGUGCAAUAUUUAAUAUAUAAAUGAUUCUUUUUUUUAAAGAUUUGUAUGCUGGUUGUAUGUGAAACAAAUGAGGACCUACCUAGCUAAUGCUCUUUUCUUCAGUUUGUUUACAGAUGCAAAGCACCGCCAUCAGCAUACAUCAUUUACUUACAUUUUUAAAAGCAGAAGUAUGAAAUGAAAAAUAUUUUCAUAUGAAAAAGUCUGUGAAUAUUAUUUAUAUUUUAUUGUUUUCAUCUGCCCAAAUAAAACUCCUUUUAACGUUU